AUGCAAGAGCCAGGCUCCCCUGAGGGUGCGCCUGGGCCUGUGCCAGGGGCCGGGGCUGAGGCUGGGGAGGCCUCCGGGCCUCCAGGGGAGGCCCCCGGUGUUGGGGAGGGCGUCCCGCACCGGGCUGUGGGGACUUCGGGGAGGGUCUUUGGGGGGCGGGGGGCCGUCUGUGGGGCUUGUCUGAGCCCGUUUCUCCUCGGGUCAGGCCCCCCAUCAGCCCGAACGCUCCCGAGGCCCCGGAAGAAGCGCACCGUGUACCUCAAGGAACAGCUGCAGGAGCUGGAGAAACACUUCUGGGCCAACCGGUACCCGAGCUACCAGGAACGCGCGGCCCUGGCAGCCGGGCUCAACCUGGACGAGCACCAAGUGCAGGUGUGGUUCAAGAACCGCCGAGCCAAGCACUCCAGGCUGCCCAAAGGGCGAGGUCAGGGAGCCAGCGCAGCGGCGCCCGGGGGCUGCGGAGCCGGCGUCCCCCAAUGUGUCCCUGCCCCUCCCCCUGUCCUUGUUCCCGCCCGUGUCCCUGAGCACGCCCCCGGUCGGGGUCCCUGUCCCUGCUGGCCCCGCGUUCCCUGGGGGCCCAGGCGCCUGUCACCCCGCUCUGCACAGCCCCCGGAGGAUCCCCCCUGCGGCAGAGCCCGGCACCUGCAGCCUGAGCACCGCCCCGCGGGCCCGGCAGGGCUCCCAGGGGUCCGUCCAGGCUGCACCAACCCCAGCCCCGGCCCCGGCUCCCACCCCCGCCCGGCUUCAGGGAUGCUGCGGCUCAGACAUCUGGCCAGACGCCGGCGGCGUGCUAGCCCCCAAUUUCACAGCGGUUGUCUCCCCCCAAGACCCCUUGGAGGGAUCCCCUUUCCCCUUGAUGGCCCUGUCCCAGGAGGGAGAAGACCCUGCAGAGGACAGAGACUCGGACUCUGCUACUGAAUUUAUAGGCGAAUCUGUCUCCGAAAAGCCCUGCAGUUCCCACGGGGCCAGAGGGGACUAGGGUGUCAUCGGCUUGUGCGCCCAUCGCGUCCACGUGGGUGCGGACCUGGCCGGCGGGUCGGGCUGCA